UAAUGGUUAAUCUCCGUCUCUAGAAAAGAUUGGCAUCCACAUAGUUGAAAGUAGGUAUUAACAGAGUAUGGUUGGAUCCAAAUGAAGCUAGUGAAAUCAGUUUGGCAAAUUCAAGAAUGUCAAUUAGAAAAUUAAUUAAAGAUGGACUUAUCAUGAGAAGAUUGAGAACAAUUCAUUCAAGAGCCAGAGCAAGAAGAUAUCUUGAAGCCAAAAGAAGAGGUAUUUGAAUUAUAGUACAUUUAUUUAGGCAGACACACUGGUACUGGUAAGAGAAGAGGUACAAGAGAGGCUAGAAUGCCAACUAAAGUAUUAUGGAUUCGUAGAUAAAGAGUUUUAAGAAGAUUAUUAAGAAAAUAUAGAGCUGCCAAAAAGAUUGAUAGAUAAUAGUAACUAAUUUUUAUAAUAUUUUGCUUAGAUAUCAUGAAUUCUAUUUGGCAUCAAAAGGUAAUCAAUAUAAAAACAAGAAAGUGCUUAUUGAAGCAAUUCAUGAAACUAAAUAAGAAAAAGUUAGAGUUGAUAAAAUUGAAAAGGAAUAAAAUGAUAGAAGAGAAAAGAAUAAAGCUUAAAGAGUCAAGAAAACCUAAAACAAAUUAGCAGCUGAAUGAUA